AUGCAAUUCUCCAAAAUCGCCAUCUUAUCUGCAGCCACCAGUACUGCUGUAGCUACGUACGCCAACUCAAGUUCAACUCCAGAAGAAAAUCACACUACUACCAUUGUCCUUGGUAACUCCACUAUUGUCACUGGUGUAACUACUGUCACUGAACUUGAAACCACUUACACCACUUACUGCCCAUUGUCAACCACCCCAGAAGGAACAGCUCCAGGAAAGCCAACUACUACUGCCCCAGCUGGUGAAGCCCCAGCCCCAGGUCCAUCUAAACCAGCCGGUGGAAACUCAGGUGCUCCAACCACCACUACUAAACCAAGCGGUGAAGCUCCAGGCUUCCAAACCACUUCAGGUAAUGUUGGUACUUCAAUUUCAUCUACACCCGUAGGUGGAGCCUCAGGUACCAAAACUACCGUUGCUCAUGAAUCAACUUCUCCAGCUCAAGGGGGCUCUUCUCCAACAGUUUCAGUCGCUUCUGAAGCUGCAGGUGCUGCCAAAUCUGUCCCAUUUGUUGCUGGAUUAUUGGCUAUGGGUGCUGCUUUGGUCUAA